GUUCUCUUUCUCACAAAAGUCACUUGUGGAUGGGGAGGAAAUAACCGCUGAAGACAUCAUGCUUGAACUUCAGGAGAUCAGUUUAUGAGCACCGCACCGCAUACCACAGGGUUUUUCAUCCGUGUAAAGUGCACAAAUUCCCUGGUCGUAGCGAGGUUUGGGAUGCGAACCUCUGAAAAACUUGAAAAAAUGUCGGAAAAUACAGAUCUAUGUAUGUCGUACCUGAAAAAAUGUCGAGAUACAAAAAAAACGAGUACCGGCUUCUCUGAGAUGCUGAUAAUCCUCCAGACUGAAGUUGCAGCCAGCGGCUUACCUGUGAAACAGUUACUACUCCUUGUCUCGGUCAUCACCGACGUGUCCAUGUCUGUUCAACAACGUUCUUCUCUAAUCAAGUGUUUAGUACCUAUUGGUAAAAUGAGUGAAAAAAUCGUUGAGGACAUCUGCUUGUGGCUAAUGUCAGCUGCAAAAAACCUGCCUGUCAAUUCAGGUAUUGCUGCGGUAAACUGGAUUGUUGGGCUUAUUGAUUUUGGGCUGAUUGAAAUCAAGACUAUUGAUACAUUCUACGAUGCAUUCUUUUAUAUGCUACUCAAGAACCAAAAAUUGGAAAUGUUAUUCGCACGACUUAUUUAUAUCCUCACAAAACCUGAAGAUGUGACUCGCCGGCAAGUUUCAAGGCUUUUAAAAUUACAAUCGAACUAUGGAAAGCCACGGAAACAUCUGCUUGCACUGUUGUCACUUUUCAAAUCCUACAAGCCUGAAUGUGUCCCUGAAAGAAUUCAAACAACAAACAUCGACAGUAUAUGGAAAGGGAUUCCUGAGGCUUUACGACUCGAUCUGCAAGAAGCAGCUAAAAGGUGCAGUGCUAGUCACUUGGCACCUACUUUGCAGCUAAACUUUCUAUCAGCUCCAACUUCAAAGCAAUCUAGAUCAGCUAAAAAGCAGAGAUUGCUCAUCCCAAUGGUUGGUUACAUCAAUGUUGGAUCCAGUUUGUCACAAGAAAGGGGUACUAAGUCAAUCUUUGAAGUUAGAAGUUUGGAGGAACUUGGGAAGCAUCAGUUGACGUUAGAGUUACCAUGCAAUGCGUUGUCUCUUCUAGUCAACAUUGCCGGUUGCCAUGUCCUCACUUUCUCCUCUUCCGACUACCAGAGUAGAUUUUGUUACAACCUGUACAACGCGCUUGAGAAUGCUUUUAUAAUUGAAGUGGAAAAAUAUUCUCACAAUGAACGUGACAGGCUGCUUUCCAUGACCGCAGACCUCUCUCGUUACAUGCAACAGGAAAUUAUGCCUGCGAGUCGUUUCCUCCAUAAAUAUAUUCCCUUUUGGAACACCAAAGAUCAUCGGGAUAGCAUUCUCAGUCUUAUAGAAUGGAUGACAAUACCUUCAUACCCCGAUUUUUGUAGAUAUAUUCUCAUUCCCCUGCAAACCAUGUGGGAAUCUGCCUUGGUGGAAGUGAAAUGUGAGAUUCUCAAGACUUUCCAGAGGAUGAUAACGAAUUUGUUCAUUAAACAGGGUUUUCCAGAGAGCCGGACUCACGAGACAGCGCUAUUUCUAGGAAACACGCAACCCUUGGAAUUGGAAGAAACCAUGCAAUUAUUUAUGAAUUUUAUUCAAGAACUAAUCACAUCUGGCCUCUACGUUGAAACCAAUAAUUCUACGCUGCUAUCGGAGAUUCUCACUUUCUAUGAACAGAUCGCAAUGCUAGAAGAACGCACCGAUCUACCUCUAUUAACCGUUGCGCCUCCGGCUGUGAUAUAUGGUGGAUUAAUAAGCCAUGACAUAGCAAACCUUUCUAGGGUUUCUGCGAUACUGUUGAGAUACCGUGUCAUAGACGCCAAACUCCGUGAAUACUAUAGCCGUGAUUUAUUCAAAUUGCAAAUAAAAACUAUGAACAUGUAUGCCAAAGAUCUAGCAAAGACCCUGUGGUAUAACAGAACACUAAGCGGUGAUAAGGAAGUUUAUCUCCUUGCCACUGUGGGGGAAACAAUCACAACAGAUCUUCAAAAUAAAUGUGAUUUCGAAGAGAUGCUAAACAUCUCAAAUCACUACACUGUACUUCCUUACAAAUGCUCACUCAUGGAUAUUGGACUGCAAAUCGAUAUGAAAGAGGACUAUCUUAGAGUUGCAGAAACUUAUUAUCCGGCGGUAUACAACUUCUUAAAAAUCUUCAAUGAUCAAAAGGCAGAGAAUCGAUCUACGUAGGUACGAUGUGUCUACAUUCUUUUUUUCAACUUGAACACCCUGGAAAAAAUAAACUGCUGAUAAACUAUAAAAGUUUAUGGAAAUACU